GUGACUCUCAGCCAAUCAGAAGCUGGGUCGGCGGUUUGUUAAGUUUGGAAUGGGGGGAUAAAUGAGAAUGUUCAGGGAAGUUUCGGACAGUCUGAUCUGAUCAGAUACAGACAGAUAAUAAGAGAAGAUGCUCUCCUUUAGGUCCGCGCUGCUGCUCCUCGCCGCCGCCGCCGCCGCGUUCUCUUUGAUCAGUGGAGGUGAUUGUAGACCGUCCUGCUCCGCUUCACCUGCGCAGUGGUGCUCGUCUGUGGAGACCGCGGCCAAAUGCGGGGUUCUGGAGCAGUGCUUCGGGGCUAAUGUGACCAAAUCGAGCGCUCCGCCCGUGAACAUCAGCCUGUACUAUGAGUCGCUGUGCCCCGGCUGCCGGCAGUUCCUGGUGCUGCAGCUGAUGCCCACCUUCUUCAUGCUGAACGACAUCAUGAACGUGGAGCUGGUUCCUUACGGAAAUGCACAGGAAACGGGGCCUCCAGGUAAUUACGUGUACACCUGUCAGCAUGGACCGGAAGAGUGCACGGGCAACAUGAUCGAGACGUGUAUGCUGAAUAAAAUGGGGGGCGCUGCGUAUUUGGCAAUAAACUGUAUGGAGAUGUCUGCUGAUGUGCUGAAAGCGGCCAAACCGUGCUCUGAGCUCUUCACGGAGAAAAGCUACUGGGACGACAUCCAGAAAUGUGUGAGUGGAGCCGAGGGGAAUAAACUGAUGCACCUGAACGCCGUGAAGACCAGAGCUCUGAAACCGCCUCACGAAUACGUUCCCUGGGUCACCGUCAACGGCGAGCACUCAGAGGAUCUGCAGCAGAAGGCCAUGAGUUCUCUAUUUAACCUGGUCUGCAGUUUGUACAAGGGAGAUAAGCCAGCUGCCUGCACUGUGGGACAGGGUGGUAAAAAAGUUAGUGUGUGCUGAUUCAGGAUUCACCGUCCGUCCGUCCAUCUGUCAUCCGUCUGUCUGUCCGUCUAUCUUGUUUUAAAGUGUCAGUCAGUGGGAGAAACUCUCAGUCCUGCUGCUGCUGCUGUCGUCAGUGGGAGUCUGAGUGAAGGACCUGAGCACUAUGGGAUCACUAUUUUAAUAAAAGAAUAAAACCUCA